UGAUAAAUCUAGCAUUAGCUUAUUUCCGGAUUUUGUUUGUUUUGAUGAUGUUUUGUGAACUUUUGGAAAGUUGUUGUUUUUCGCGACUUCAGUCGUGUUUGUCAGGUUUUUGGACCGAAUAUGAUUUUUUUUUGAUGGAAUAGACAUUUUUUAAGUGCAAGGGUCUUCAAAAUGGAUUUAAAUACAGCUUUAUCGAUGGAGGCGUUGGAAAUGGAAAAAAUGAAGAGGAAAAACGUUCGAUCGCCUGGUGUUGUAAAUGGACAAUCGAAUGGAUCUUCGUUUACUACUCCAUCCACCUCCAUGCAACAACAACAGGACCUAAUUUCAUUCUCGGACAAUCCUCUAUCCAUACCUGACGUUGAAUUGGACUUAGCAUUCUUUGAACGACAAAAUACCAGCGAUUGGAUUUCCCAUGGGAUUAAUUCCGCACGUAGCAAAAGUGCAAAUGACUUUUCUAAAUACAAUCAACUUCAGCAGAGUCUAUUUCGAGCACAGACAACUCGAGCGGCGACGAUAUCUGAAAUAAAGCGAUCAGGAAGCUCUGAUAAUUUUCAGCAGUAUUUUGAUUAUUCUGUGUUUAAUGCUUCAACAGCAAAUUCAAGUUUAUUGACAGCAACAACAAAGCAAGUUACUCAUAGCUCAGUGCCGCCAAGUCCUUUUAAAGACAAUUUUGUUCCGACCAAAAUUUCUCCACAGAGUGUGUUUCAACGUCCAUAUAGUCCUAUUCAUCAGCAUGCAAAUACAAUGAAAGCCAGUACGCCACCUGCAAUGAGCAAUACUUCUCAGCAUUUUCCUUAUACAACAGCAUCACUGUUUUCCAGUCCGUCCUCGCUAAGUAAAUCAUGGGAUAAACAGGCAUUUUCAAUUGGAACUUCACCGCUGACACUAGAACAGAAAGAAUUAGAACCGGACAAAGAAACGAAAUCAAAAGCCGAUGAAAUUAACGAUGUAUUCCAAAGAUGGUUGGAUGAUAGUUGGAACAAUAAAGAAGAGGGAGAUGACAAUUUUAGUGAAGGAAGUAUCAAGUCAGAAUCUAGUUCUUCACCUUUGAGUGACUGGAAGGAAUGGGAUCCACUUCACAUUGCAUCAGCAAGCAAUAUUGUAUCCUUUGGUGAAAAUGAAGGUGCAAAACAACAACAGCAAGUAGCAGAAUCUAACAAAAUUGAUGAAACUGAUAUAGAUAGAACAAGAAGUCUCACUGAAUUGCACUACGAAUCUCCAAAUCUUCUCAACGAUACUUCAAAAGAACAAUUCCUCAAUUCAAUGGUGCAAGUUCAUUCUACAUUCCCAUGCAACGACCCAAUGUCGAAUCCUGGAUACUUGAUAAGUCCAAUGAUGCCCAAAUGGCAAAAUACGGGAAAUGAUGAAAAGGAUUCAAAUACAAUCAAAGUAUCGAUUACCACAGAAGGAAUAGAUGAGCCCGUUGUCUUCACUUGCAAUAUAAAUGCUGCCGUCGAGCUUGUUGUCAGUCAAGCAUUAUGCAUUGCCCAUGAAGAUAUCAGUCAAAUCAUAACAUCAGAUUACAGGUUUAAAGUUACUGGAAGACAAGAAUUUCUUUUGAGUGGAACGACACUGAACUUGUAUGAACUUGUACAAGAUUGCAUCAAGUUUGAGGAAGAUGUGAGAUUGCAACUUGUACAUAAAGAUAAUGUCGAUAAAACCCUUGGAAGAAUGGAAUCUGAUUUGCACCAUGAAGCAUUGAAACAACAUCUGACUUCAGCAAUAAAGGGAUCUUCUGUUACAAGCGAUGACAUCCAAAUUGUUCAAGAUGCUUUUUUGACUGAAAUUCAGAAACUUCAACACAAGGCUAUGAUUCAAUCAAACUUGACGGCAUCACAACAAUGUGAUAGAAUCCAUCAAACAGUGAAGGCAGUAAAACAGGUUCUUGGCACAAUAGAAACAAAUGAUAUUACUCAUUCAAUGUUAAAACUACGAAAUGCGAUUGAAAAAUCAGACUCUGGUAGCCCAAGACAAGAUGUCUUCAACAUUGAUGGUUCUGCAACUGCUAAACCUACCAGUGCAAUAUUAAUAACGUCAGACAGAACAAUGUCAAGACAAGAUCAUAUCGAUAAAUCCGUCGAACAUCUAUCUCAUGCUGUCUAUUCAUUCAUUGAAAUGUAUUCAAAGGCUGCUGAAAUUGAUUCGUCAUGUAGUAAUCAGAUUCCGUCAUGUAUAUCAUGCAACGUGCAGGAUCUCGUCACUCUCAAUAUAUUGUCUGUUCAUAGAUUACCACAUAUGUGGGCAACUAUGUAUGAAGAGUACUAUGUCUCUUGUCAACUGUUAUAUGGCAACCAUGAAUUAUGUGGCAAAGUCAACACAAAACCAGUAAAAGCAAAUAAAGCUUACCACGGAAGAAUUACAUGGAAUAGCUGGUUGACUUUUCCAAUCAAAGUGAGUGAUUUACCGAGAGAAUCUAAAUUAUGUUUAACAUUACAUGGAUAUCAAACUGGCAAUGAAUCUGGAAAAAGUGAAAAAAUUACUGCUAAAGAAUUAUCUUGGGUCAAUGUUGCUCUUUAUAAUCACAGAAAUUUUCUUUACCAAGGAGGUUCAUUACAUGGUAUGUGGUCUGCUUCUGGCAUUACUCCGCAAUUAAAAGCAAGUGCCUUGUCUUCAUCUAAUAUAACAAACAAUGACAGCGUGGUUAUAUCGAUACAACUUCUAUCGUCGCAGCAAAAUAAAAGUUGUUUGUUUCCUCCUUAUUCCAUACGUCUGCAGUUACCAAGGACACUUCCAAAUGGCGUAUCAAUGUCCUCACUCGAUGAAAGCACUCAACAAGAUCUCACUCAUAUUUUGAGUAAAAAUCCUCUCUCAAAACUGACAGAUCAUGAAAGAGAAUUACUGUGGAAAUACAGGCACAUAAAAGAAUAUGUGCAAUCUCGUGGUUCUCUGGCUCGAAUUUUACGCAGCGUUCCGUCCUGGUCAUCGAAAAAUUUGUCAACGGUCUAUCAACUUUUGGAAACAUGGCCGAGAAUCGAACCAAUCGAAGCGUUCGAAUUAUUAUCAGUUUCUUUUCCUGAUGUGUACGUCCGAAAAUUUGCGAUCCGAUGCAUCCAACAAGCAGAAGAAGAUGAAAUUCAUGAUUACUUGGUCCAAUUAACUCAAGCUCUCAAAUACGAGAUGUUCCAUGAUUCUACUCUCGCAAGAUUUUUGCUAAGAUCGGCACUCGGAAGUUUGAGAAUUGCUCACAAGUUAUAUUGGCUACUUUCUGAGAAUGUGAGCAACAGUUACUAUGGAGAAAGAUAUAAACUGAUGUUGAAUAUAUUGGAAGGAGCAAGUGGAUCUAGAAUGAAGAAAGAGUUUGACAAGGAGAUGUACUUUGUCAAAAUGGUCAACAGAGUAGCUGAAGCUGUUAAAUAUGCAAAAGACAAUGCAAGAACCACAGUGCUUCAAACUGAACUAAUCAAAGUGGUGUCUCGAGUUAAAAAACAUAGUUUCAGACUUCCAACAAACCCAGCACUUGUGUCAAAUGGUCUUGAUGUCGACAAUUCAUCGUAUUUUACUUCAAAUGCUAUUCCACUGAAACUUGCAUUUAAUAAUGCAGAGUCGGAUCCGAAACAUUUCCAUCUUAUGUAUAAGGUCGGUGAUGAUUUGAGACAAGACGUUUUGACAAUGCAGUUGGUUAGGAUUAUGGAUAAACUGUGGUUGGCAGAAGGAUUGGAUUUGAAAAUUAUCACUUUUGCUUGUUUGUCAACUGGUCAAAAUAGAGGUUUCAUUGAACUUGUAUCAGACUCUAUUACAUUGAGAGAAAUUCAGUCGAGUUAUGGACUUACUGGUGCUUUCAAGGAUAGACCGAUCGCGGAAUGGCUGCAAAAACAUAACCCAACUGCUAUCAGUUAUGAAAGGGCUGAAGAAAACUUUACAUUGUCUUGUGCUGGGUACUGUGUUGCUACCUAUGUUCUUGGAAUUUGCGAUCGUCACAAUGACAAUAUAAUGUUACGACAAUCAGGUCACUUGUUUCACAUCGACUUUGCAAGGUUUCUCGGUCACGCACAAAUGUUUGGGAAUAUUAAAAGGGAUCGAGCUCCUUUUGUUCUUACUUCUGACAUGGCAUAUGUGAUCAAUGGCGGAGAUCGUCCUUCUUCAAGAUUUCAUGAUUUUGUUGAUAUUUGUUGUCGAGCUUUCAACAUCAUCAGGAAAAAUUCACAUAUCUUCAUUAACUUGUUGUCUUUGAUGAUACAUUCUGGAAUCCCUGAACUGAAGUCGAUAUCGGAUUUAAAAUAUGUUUAUGAUGCUUUGAAACCGGCUGCGAGUGAGAGUGAAGCAACGGCUAUGUUUACAAGGUUAAUCGAAGCUAGUUUGUCAUCAUCAUUUACGAAGAUAAAUUUUUUUAUCCACAAUCUUGCGCAACUACGUUUCCAUGGCAAUGAAAGUGAGGACAAAAAAUCUUUGUCUUUUGCAUCAAAAAUUUACACUGCGGAUGAAGACGGCGUUAUAGUCGAUGCAUCUGUCAUCGGAUAUCAUAAGAAAUAUAAUCCAGAUAAAUAUUAUGUGUUCUGCAUCAGGUUAAAACGAGAUAUGAGAUCUGGUGAAACUUAUGUUUAUCGAACGUUCAAUGAAUUCGCAGAACUUCAUAACAAACUAUCCAUGAAUUUUCCUUCUUCGAAACUACCAAGUUUUCCAAAUCGAGUUAUUGUUGGACGAUCUCAAAUCAAGCAAGUGGCUGAACGACGCAAAACUCAACUCAAUGGAUAUCUGAAUGCAAUUUUGCAUGCUCAUCUCGACGUUUCAAAGAGUGACUUGAUCUAUACUUUCUUCCAUCCGAUGUUACGUGAUGAACAAGGAUAUUCUAGCACUGGAACUAAGACUCGAGCAGCAGUUGGAAACAACAUCAGCGGAGAAAUCAAGUUAUCGAUUCAUCAUAAAAAUAAUGCAUUGUUUAUUAUGGUAAUGCAUUGCAGGAAUUUGUUGUCUCCUGAUGGAAACGAUCCUGACCCGUACGUGAAAACAUAUUUGAUACCUGAUCCUUCUCGAUCUACAAAACGAAAAACCAAGGUCGCUAGAAAGACAUUGCAUCCUACCUAUAAUGAAAUGUUGAUAUAUGAUGGUUCAUCCUCUGACAUAAAGAACAAGCAAUUGUAUGUUUCGGUAUGGAAUUAUGAACAACUGAACGAAAAUGAUUUUCUUGGAAGUGUCACAUUGAAUCUAGAUAAAAUGGACUUGAGUAAAGAUAAUACUGCUUGGUAUCCUCUCACAAAGUGAUUUCACCGUAAUUUCAAUUCUCAUGAAUCCAUUUGGUGCAUUUGAAUUCACGAAAUAGAAUGAAAGUGAUAAAAAGUAUAGGAUAGCAAAUACCUCACUUUUAAUUAUCGUAGGAUUUCUAAUUUUUAAAUUUUGUUAAACUAACAUUUUCAUUGCCUUUUCUCUUAUGGGUUUUCAUCUUACAUAUUCAUUUUUUGAUUGGUUAAUUUGUAUUAGUAUCAGUGGUGGAAUUCAGCCAGUUCGCACCGGUUCUAUAGAACCUUUGUGAACUUUUGUGAUGGAACCGGCUGACAAAAAAUUUGAAUCUCACCACUGAUUAGUGAUGUCUUGCUAGAAUAUGUCCUCGAUCUUCCGUCUUGAUGGGUAUGAUGUUAAAUGAUCCGUCCAUUUCUUCUUCGCUGCUAAACCAAUUUGCAGCAAUUUAUUUUUGUAUUUUGGAGGGUAUUUAAAUUAUUGCUCUUAGAACUGUAGAAGACAAAUACUGGUAUUUAAGGAUUUAUGAUGAUUAUCAAAAUUUUUGAAAAAGAAUUUUUCCUUGGAAAAAAGGUGAUUUGAAGUCUCCAAUAAUAUAGCCUUGCUCUUAGCUCUGUCCAUACCUGGCUUAAUCAACUCAUAUUUCAACGUCUGAUUUUACUAGUGUCAAACUUUUAAGGCUUUUCAUUCCUAAUCCUGUUUGUCUCGUUGUCCAGGCAUAGAGCAUUUUUGACUCAUGAAACCGAAAUAUAUAAUUAUAAAUAAAAUUUUAUACAAAUCAGCAUCUCAUCAAACGGUUACAUUUUUGAUGUGAACUUUGUUUCAGCUCUUAGCAAGAUUUCCUAUUAAGAAUAGGUAUAUACAGAAAACCUUGAACCUUCAGUGCCAAAGUAAUUUUGGUAGUAAUCAUAUACACUUCUCAUAUUAAUUGUCAGAUUGUAGCAAAACUUCGUAAUGUAUCAUAUGCGCAAAAUCUGGUAUGUUUACUUCUAUUUUUUUUCUUACAAAACCGUAUGUGCAAUAUUACCAUGUAUAUUUCAGCAGUAGACUUGAACAAUUUUUUUUUUUACGAUUUAUCUAAACACGGUGUAACUGGACAAGCCAUAUCAAAGUGGUAAGAUAUCAUUAUUUGACACAUCGUGGAUGACCGGUGGCCGGGAAGCUCAUUUGGAGCAAAAAUGCUGAACUCUCUAGUGUUCAAUUUCAAUAUUAAAUCAUGUGGAAAUUUGUUGAUAUUAAAAAGCAGGGUUGUGUAGUAUACACCAAGCCAUUUGAAAAAUGACUCUGGCUCAAGGUGAAUAAAAAUUUAGACCGCACGCUCAGAGAAGACAAAAUUAUAAAAACAAAAAUUUUGGCGUAUGCUAACCUUUUUUAUUGUCUGUUGCAAAUUCUUUGUAAACUUGGUACUUUCUGACUUUAAUUACCACUUUAUGAAACUAUUCUGUCUGCAAACAAUUCAAAACUUCUAGUCAUCUUUAUUUUAUUUGAAAUGCCUUAUAAUUUGAAAACAGUUUUGAACAAAUUCGCGAUAAAGACUGUUUUUGAUAUUAAAAUAGUUGGUAAAAAAUAAUUGGAAGAUGUCUCUCAACUUUUGGAAAAAAAGUUUGUAAAAAUAUUUCAAAGUAUGGUCCAGUAUGCUAUUGUAUAUUGCAAAUUGAAUAGUUCUUCCAUUCAAAUGAAGCAUAUAUAUAUAUCCGAGUUUAGUGCCGUGUAAAAGCAGCGCAAUUAUAUAUUUUUUUUCUUGAAAAUUGUAUUAUAUGCAUGUGCUUGAUUUUGAAGAUAAUUCUAUUUCACUGAUUUUAGAAUAAUUUCAACGCGAAGAUUUGAAGAAUUUUUAUUUUGAUCAAUUGAUUGUAAGCAAUCAAUUUUUGAUACUAUAUCAGUUAAACAUGCGAAUUCAAUAUUUGAUUAUUUUUUUGAAUAUAUUUGAGCUUUUCAGAACCUAUUGUACACAUCUAUAAUGGUUUAAAUAAUGAUUUUCCUUACUUUGAAAAACUCUUGCUUUUUAGAGAAGUCUUCAAUCCACUGAAAAUGUACAAUAAUAAUUAGUGCUGGUGCUUAUUCCCAGUUUAAAGUUCAGCCAAGGAUGGACCACAGUCGUUCUUCCCUUGUCAUAUUCUUGAGUCAAUUGUUACCAAUACCAUUCAUUCACUUUUAAAAUUCCUGAUUUUUUCACAGCAUGAUUUUUUUUGUUCCAUAUCAUAUAAUAUUAAUUCUUCAGUUUUGUGCUUCAAUGAUUAAAAAAACGUGCUACCAAGUGUUUAUCUUCGGUAGCAUGGAUAUAAAAUGCUAAUUUUAAUAAUUUUUCUAAUAAAGCAAAAUUAUUUGAA